AUGAAGUCGUUCGCGUAUUUUGGGCCUCAAGAAGAAUCGCGCAGAAAUAUACGUGAGGGAUUGUAUCUUGGGGACGAACCCUCUGACUUGUCCUCCCGGGCGGACGCUUUAAGCACCUACCAGGUUGAUCCUCUAUCGCACCGAGCAACAAAGCCUAAGAAGAAGAAGAAGAAGAAGACGACGACGACGAAGAACUUGAAUAAGACGUGGAACUUGAGUGAAUGUGAAGACAGCCUAGCGAGUACAUCUGACGAAGAGCAACAACAACAAGAAGUACUUCAAGGCGAUGUUGAGGACCUUUCCGCUGGAAAAAGAGGGGCCAGGCGCCGUGUGCGAAGCCGUCAGUUCAACAUUACAUUGAAACGAGCAACUCAGACCGACCGAUACAGGAUCAAGUUAUUGCCUGUUUCAGAAGAAGCCUCUUUACGGCGUACCUUUUCUCCAUGUCAUGUCAAUUAUGUUCGUUGUUUGGCCUCAAAGCCACGAAACACGAUUGAACUGACUGGAGUGACAGGAAUCAAACGGAAAGGUGUCAGGAAGGAAAAGAAACAUGAUUCAGAUGAAGAAUUCAUGCAGCUGUGGAGUACUACAGAGGGAUAUAUACAAAAUGUUUUUAAAGAAAGAAGAACAGGGAUCAAGUCGACAAAGGAAAAUUAUAGAAAUACGUUUGUGACUCCAAAUGUCACCACCCUGCCCAUUGCAAGUGAACUGACUAAGGAGGAAAGAGACGACCUGCUCGAUGAUGAUGGGACGACAGAAUUUAGGAUUCCCACAGCAGAGGACUUUGCAAGGCUAACUCCAGUAUACAAGAGCUUGACAGAGGAGGAAUUAGAUGAUGAAAAAAUAUUUGAAAGAAAAGAUGAGAGGGGUGUAGAGGAAAGGGAAAAUAAGGAAGAAUCAGAUGUUAUUGAUACUUCUAAAAUUCUAUCAUUUGAAGACUUCGAUCUUCACCCAAAGCUUAUACAGAAGCUCAACAUUUUUGGCAUUGUCACUCCCACUGACAUUCAAAAACAAGCAAUACCAAUAGUUUUAAAGGGAAAGAGUGUUCUUAUUCAAUCAGAAACUGGAUCCGGUAAAACUAUGGUAUUCUUAUUGCCUACUCUGCAAUCUCCUGGAAAAACCUUUGGCACAAUAAUCAUUGCACCUACAAGAGAAUUGGCAAGUCAAAUGUUGUUUGAGGCUCGUCGUCUUCUCGGUGAUAAAGCUAUUGUGGAGUCUUUUGUGAGUUAUCCUAAAAUAAGAACAGGGAUUAAGUCGACAAAGGAAAAUUAUAGAAAUACGUUUGUGACUCCAAAUGUCACCACCCUGCCCAUUGCAAGUGAACUGACUAAGGAGGAAAGAGACGACCUGCUCGUCAUCACCCUUGAGGUUGAACCCAGUGACUCCAUUGACAAUGUGAAGACCAAAAUCCAGGAUAAAGAGGCUAUUCCUCCAGACCAGCAGAGGUUGAUUUUCGCUGGCAAGCAACUUGAAGAUGGCCACACUCUGAGCGACUACAACAUACAAAAAGAGUCAACUCUUCAUUUGGUGUUGCGUCUGAGAGGUGGACAGUAA